GGAAGAGCUUCUGAGCCGCGUGUGACUUCCGGUCGUACUGUUUAACGCUGCUGGUGGCCACCAUGUCAGAAGAUGUCCUCAGCGGGACCUCGGAGGCCAGCAGUCCCUGGCCGUCCUCUACCCCCAGCGUCCCCUCCACCAAAUUUGAGCUGGAAAGGGAGACGGAGCUGCGGCUGGAGGUGGAAGGCUCGGCCCCCGUGCAGUUGGAACUGAUGUCGGGCCUCGCCGAGGUGUUCGGCACAGAGCUGGUGAAGAAUAAGAAGUACACGUUCCCGCCGGGGAGCCGAGCCGCCGUCUUCACCUGGCACGGGUGCACCGUUCAGCUGUUCGGGAGCCCGGACACGGCUUACGUCUCCAAGGAUACCCCCAUGCUGCUCUACCUCAACACCCACGUGGCCCUGGAGCAGAUGAGGGUGCAAGCGGAGCGGGAAGGAGAGCGCGGGCCCCGGGUGCUGGUGGCCGGGCCAUCUGACGUGGGUAAAUCGACGCUUUGCCGACUGCUCUUAAACUACGCGGUGAGGAUCGGCCGGCGCCCAGCCAUGGUGGAACUAGAUGUCGGGCAGGGCUCGGUGUCAGUCCCGGGGACGGUCGGGGCUCUGUGUGUGGAACGGCCAGCUGACGUGGAAGAAGGGUUCUCGACUCAGGCUCCGCUUAUUUAUCACUUUGGCUCCACUACGCCGGGGACUAACAUCAAGCUCUACAACAAGCUGACCUCCCGCCUGGCUCAGGUCUUCAACCUGCGAUGUGACUCCAAUCGUCGAGCUGCAGUCAGCGGCUGCAUCAUUAAUACUUGCGGUUGGGUCAAAGGCGGCGGCUAUCAAGCCAUAAUACACGCCGCUUCUGCUUUUGAAGUGGACGUCGUGAUCGUGCUGGACCAAGAACGUCUGUACAACGACCUCCACCGAGACCUCCCGCACUUUGUCCAUACCAUUCUGCUCCCUAAAUCUGGCGGAGCUUCAGAGAGGUCCAAGGAGUGCCGGAGGGAGUCUAGAGAUCAGCGGGUGCGGGAGUACUUCUACGGCCCUCGGGGUUCUCUCUACCCUCACGCCUUCGAGGUGAAGUUCUCCGAGGUCAAAGUCUACAAAGUCGGAGCUCCCUCAAUCCCUGAUUCCUGCCUUCCCCUGGGCAUGUCGCAGGAGGAUAAUCAGCUGAAACUGGUGCCGGUGACACCGGGCAGAGACAUGGCUCACCAUCUGCUCAGCGUGGUGCCCCUCGAGGGUGGACUACCAGAUGAAAGCAUCGAGGAGAAAAACGUGGCAGGGUUCAUAGUCAGUACUGGUGUGGACAUUGAAAGGCAAACUCUGACGGUGCUUUCCCCGGCACCCCGACCUCUGCCCAAAUGUGUCCUGCUCAUUAUGGACAUCAGAUUCAUGGACCUUAAAUAAGCUUCAGAAGAGACGCAUUUCUUCGGUUGACGUUUCGAAAAGAAAUCUUGAGUUGCUUACAAUUUUAAGAAGCCGUAUUUUAUAUUUUGCUUUUUUCACAGCGCCAAAAUUGUUGUAGGGCUUGUUCAGUUGCCCAUUUUGUCCCCCCCCCCGUCUUUUUUAAAGAUUUAUAAAAUAAGUGGGGGUAGAUAGACACCGAAAAUAGCAAGUAAAUGGAUCUGACAUUGAAGUGCCACGUUACGGGCCAUUAGUCCAGAUUUGAUUCCAGUGUAGCAUCAAGUAGAUGAAAGUUUCAAGGGUCAAUACCCACCCUCUUUAUCAGAGUUUAACCAAAUGUGGCGAUAAUGGACUGGUUAAAGCAUGACCGCUUUAUUUGGUUACUCCCUGUUGAUGGGGGUGAGUAUUGGCCCCUGAAACGCGUUGGGACGUUCAUAGAAGUCUUCUACUUGAUCCUGCAUUGGAAUAUAUUUAUAUCUUGAGUAAUAACCUGUGGUGUGGUGCUUCAAUGUCAGAAGCUUUUAGUUCCAUUGCAAACCAAGGAAACUGUGGAGAUCUUUUGGCAUGUAGGACCUUCCAUCAAAGAAUCCAGACCCCCAUUGGAAGCGACGCUAUUAGAAAAAAUGCAAAUAAAAUCCAGUUCUAUGCGUCCCUUCAAGUUUCAACCUUGUGUAAGGUUUAUUGGGUUUAUCAGAGGGUGUGAUGGAUGUCGUUUCUUGACAUGUGCUCUAGAGGGAUCCUAGGGUUCCAUGGAACCCUGCUUGAGCUUGCGGGCUCUAGAGGAACCCUGCCUACUUGUCCUAAGCCUGCGACCUACUUGUAAAGGCAGCAUGAGGAUUACAGCCCCGGAGCUUGCCACUUUAAAAACAAGUUACUGUUUCCAUAUUUCUAUUCUCACGGGUUCCCCUCAGAAGAGCAAUUGGGCUCGUUAAAAUGAAUCGGUUGACUUUCUUCCAUGCCCAGUCAACUGGAUGUUGAGUUGGUCACCAGCAAAGCAAGCCAACAUUGUUUCUCUAUCCACGUUUGAUGGGUCCUCUAGUUCAUGUUGCUUUUUGCCACCAGAUUGCCCAAAUAUUGGUUUUAAUCAAUAAAGUUGGGUUUUUAUUUUCAA